AUGGUUUCCAAUCCCCAAGAAGCGCACUUGGCGCCUAGCGACUCGUCCCACUCCGUCCCCCAGGUUAAUGCUGAAACCCCGGUCAACGCGCCCGGUCCAAUUGCGAUCGAUAGUUUUACCGAUGACACCAACAGUGAGUUUGACGACGAGGCGUCUGAUCUCACCUCCCUGUCGUCGAGCGUGCUCGAAUAUGAAUAUGAAAAUGGUCGGCGGUAUUGCAGUACCCGCUCAGGAGUUGCUAUGAUGCCAAAUGACGAGGAGGAGCAAGAUCGAAUGGAUAUUACACAUCAUAUAUGGCUGAUGCUACUCGGAGGAGAGCUUUAUAAUGCCCCUAUCGGGUCAAACCCCCAAAAUAUUCUUGACCUGGGAACCGGAACAGGUAUCUGGGCUAUGGAUAUGGCCGAGAAAUUCCCCAAUGCACACGUCAUUGGCAAUGACGUCAGUCCCAUCCAGCCCAAUUGGGUGGCUCCAAACAUUGAAUUCAUCGUGGAUGAUUUCGAACUCGAAUGGCCUUUUGAACCGAAUCACUUUGACUUUAUCCAUGCACGAUGUCUGGCAGGAUGCGUGGCCUCAUGGCCCGGGUUCAUCAGCCGAAUUUUCGACCACGUGAAACCCGGCGGCUAUUUUGAAUCGCAUGAGAGUGCCGUGUGGGCCUGGAGUGACGAUGGCUCUCUCAAAGAAGAUUCCGCGCUCAUGGAAUGGCAACAAGCUAUUAAUUAUGCCGGUGAAAAAAUUGGCCGGGAUCUAAAUAUCUAUUAUAAACUGAAAGACUGGAUGAUUGCAGCAGGAUUUGUGGAUGUCCAAGUAUCCGUCUAUGUGCUGCCCUUUUCGCCUUGGCCACGCGAUCCCCACCUAAAGGCAUUGGGAAGGUACCAAGCAGUGCAAUUGCAGCAAGCCAUCGAUUCAUACGCGCUGCGGUUAUUCACACAGGUGCUGGGCUGGAGCUCGGAAGUGGCGCAGAUUCACAAUGCUAAAGUGAAACACGAGCUACGGGAUAAAAGGCUACAUGCCUAUGUUCAAACGGUCGCCGUCCAUGGAAGAAAGCCUUUUUACGCCUGCUGA